UAUAAACUGACAGCGGGCCGCUCCUGUCACUAUGCAUUCUGUCAUCACCGAGGACAACAUGACUGAGAGGAGGACAAUCCGUCUCCCCGUCACCAGCCCCACGUACCAGGUGUGUGUGGUGGGGGAGGAGGUCGCCAUCGAUAUUUACAGGUAUCUCCCCAGAGAGGCCGAGACCUUCGAGGUCCGCGGAACCAGCAACAUUGACGUCUUCAUGCUCUACAACUCCAAGGCGGUCAGGAAACCAGGAAAAGGAGAGAAAUGGCCGCUUGAGAAGGGCGUGAAAGUUUCCUAUUACACGGCGCAGGGGAAGGAGCACGUGAGCAGCGUCAUGCUGUACGUGACAAGUGUGGCGGUGUCCCUGGACGUGGAUGUGAAUCGGAUCGGCUUUGUGAGCCGAGGAAUGAAAAACAAGGACUCGUGGACUUGGGGGCCCGACGGGAAAGGGGCCGUCCUGCUGGUGAAUUGCGACCGCGACCGGAACAGCUCAGGACCGGCAGACAAUGAAGACGACGAAGCAACUGAGAGGGAGGGAGAUGUGAAGGACAUGUCCCCGAUGAUCCUGACGGCGGAGGGCCCAGAUGAGGUUUUCGAUGACUACAGAUUGGUCCUGGAAAUCGAUCCGUAUGACUCCAGAAGACUGCGCGUAUACCGCCAGGGAAAAUUCCAGUUCAAACAAGUCCUUGGGAUGGGAAAACUGGCGUACGAGGUCCAGCGUAAGAACAGGGACGAGCUGAGAUUCUACGCGGAGGGGCUCCAGUUCCCGGACGCCGACUUUUCUGGACUCAUUAAAAUCAAACUCAAAUUUCAGAGGAUUCGGGAUUGGGCCAACAUCUUCACGGAGAGUGUGGCCUUCAGAGUGGCCCCGUGGAUCAUGACACCCAACACCCAGAAGCCAUUGGAGGUCUAUGUCUGCAACGUGGACUCCAAUGAGGACUUUGUGAAACAGCUGAAUGAAUUUGUCAAAAAGUCCCGGACGUCACUCAACGUCUGCGUGAACAGUGAGAACCGCGGGGACCGCUGGAUUCAGGAUGAAAUGGAGUUUGGCUACACUGAGGCUCCUCACAAACGCUUUCCGGUCGUGUUUGACUCUCCAAGAGACCGGGGACUCAAAGAAUUCCCUCAUACGAAUGUGCUGGGACCAGAUUUCGGUUACGUGACAAGGAAAAUAAAAAAUCAGGAUGAGGUCGGCACCCUGGACGCCUUUGGAAAUCUGGAAGUCAGCCCUCCCGUGACAGCCAACGGGAAGAACUACCCCCUGGGAAGGAUCCUCUAUGGUGGCAGCCUGAAAAACCCGAAACUGCAGAUGCACAAAGCACUCCGAGAGUUCCUGAGGGCCCAGCAGGUGCAAUCGCCGGUCCAACUCUACUCCACCUGGCUGUACGUGAGCCACAUCGACGAAUUCAUGAGCUUCGUGCCGGCUGCAGAUAGGAGGACAUCUGAUUGGCUGUGUAUGUUUGUCUUUUCAGACGUGGACAAAGAUCAGCUGACAAUCGAUGAAAUCCUGGAGGACGAGUCGCUGCAAGAAACAUCAGACUUCUGCCAGAAAUGUAUCGAUAUAAACAGGGAGAUCAUGAAGAAGGAGUUGGGUCUGACGGAAGAGGACAUCAUCGACAUUCCGAUACUCUACAAGUGCGACACCCCCAAGAAGGAUGCCGAUUCUUUUUUCCCAGACAUGGUCAACAUGCUGGUCCUGGGAAACAAUCUUGGCAUUCCCAAGCCGUUUGGCCCCAAGAUUAAUGGGAAGUGCUGCUUGGAGGAGAAGGUCCGCUCCCAGCUGGAACCGUUGGGGUUAACAUGCUACUUCCUGGACGACUUUGCCUCCUACCACCAGUACUGCGGAGAGAUUCACUGCGGCACCAACGUAGUCAGGAAACCGUUCAACUUCAAGUGGUGGCAAUGCGAACCUUAACCCUCCGACGCAAGAGGCGGAAAUGACGCGGUUUUCACCAGCAAUGGACGCAAUUUACAAAAC